CCUCUCCUCCUUCCCUUUUCAACAAUGCCGAUCAAUUCCUUCUAUUUUGAGCUCUCAAUUCCACUCCUCGUCUUCAAACCAAAACCUUAAAAUCCUCAAAAUAUCCCAACCAAAAUUUCCCCACAAUCUGAAAAUGGAGGUCCGGCAACUGGAAAUCAGAAUCAUCAAAGCCAAUGAUCUCAAAGACGUCAAUCUCAUGACUAAAAUGGACGUUUUCGCCCUCCUUUCCAUCUCCGGUGACCAAUUAAACAACCCGCACCAGAAGACCGAUGUCGACAAAGACGGCGGCACCAGCCCCAAGUGGAAUUUUCAUACGCAAUUCACCGUGGAUGACGCCGCCGUUCAGGAGAAUCGCGUCACUCUUAAGAUCAAGCUUAUUUCUAAUCGGAGUUUGGGGAAUAAAGAAAUUGGGGUUGUUUAUGUUCAGAUUAAGGAGAUGUUUGAUGGUGGCGGCGCCGGGGAAGAGGAGAAAUCCGGUAGUUAUAGUGUCCGGUUGUCGAAUGGGACUGUGAAGGGCAAUUUGGACUUGGCUUAUAAAUUUGGAGAAAAAUAUAAAAUUGAACGGCCGCCGUCACCGCCGCCGCCGCCAAUGGAGGAGCCACGCAACAAGAACGGGGUGGAGGCGCCGCAGGUUAUGGCUUAUCCGUCUACAUUUCCUGACCUUAGCUCUACAUAUUCACCACCAGCGGAAGCGUACCGCCCACCACACGGUGGAUACCCCAACCCUCUGCCGCCGGGGGCGUAUCCACCACCGCACGCGGGAUAUAGAUAUGGUGGUUACCAGCCACCGCCAACGGGGUAUGGGUACCCGCCAAUGCAACGGCUUUAAAAUCCGAAGGAUGGCGGCAGUGGGAUGUUGAUCGGAAAGCUGAGAAACGGCGAUGUCGGCGGUAGGGAGCUGACUUUGUGGAUGCUGGAUUUUUUAAUUAAGUUGACCCAAGCAAUAGAAAAUUAUACUAAAUUAAUGUAGGUUUGAGUUCAAGUUACAUAUGUUUGUCACAUAA